AUGACGAUACAUUCAUUUGUCAUCCAGAAGCUACUCAGCACCAAUGCACAUUUGGGCAAGCGAGCGGUGGCUCAACACUUCAAGAUCUUCACCGAAGGAUCACGGGCCGGGGUGUCCGUAAUUGAUUCCGACAAAACCCUGAUAUGUCUCCGGAAUGCUACCAACUUUAUUGCACAGUUGGCUAGAGAGAAGAAAGCCCGGUUCUUGUUUGUCAACACCAAUCCACUUUUUGAUGAGAUAGUGGAGCAGAUGACGAAGAAGAUCGGGCUGUAUAGUCCAAGGGAUAAGGUUAUUUGGAAAAUGGGUGGGUUUUUGACCAACAGUUUCAGCCCCAAGAAGUUCCGCUCCAGGAAUAAGAAGGUUUGUUUUGCGCCAGUACAACCACCAGAUUGUGUUGUGGUGUUGGACACGGACAGGAAGAGUUCAGUGAUUUUGGAGGCCGCUAGGCUUCAAGUUCCCAUUGUAGCACUGGUAGAUGCAAGUCUGCCACGGGAUUAUUACGAGAAGAUUGCUUAUCCUGUGCCUGCUAAUGAUUCAAUGGAGUUUGUGUACUUGUUCUGUAACAUCAUUACCAAGACUUUCUUGCUUGAGCGUAAGAAGAUGGGAGAAGCCAAGGGAGAUACUAUUGAAGAUGAGCCAGCAACUUCAACAGAAGAACUUGGAAUAAGCUCUGUAGCUGAUAAAGUCCUUGUUGUUCCUUAUGAGAGCUUAGCACCUGUUGUUGAAGGUUCUAUGGAAACUAAGCGGAUCUUGGAUAAGCUUGUGGUAGUGAAGUUCAAUGGUACUUUGGGAACUGCUGUCGGAUUUAACGGCCCUAAGUCCCUAGUUGAAGUAUGUGACAGUUUGACUUCUCUUGACUUGGUUGUGAAUCAAAUUCAGAAUCUUAAUCAGAAUCAUGGGUCUGAUAUCCCACUGGUGCUUAUAAACUCCAGCGUCACUCAUGAUGAUACGUCUAAGGUUUUGGAGAAAAUUUCCAGGUCAAACAUAGAUAUUCUUCCAGUUCAACAGGGCCAUCAGUCUGGGGAAUCACCUGGCCUCCAGGAAACGGAGAAUGAACCGCACCCUUCUGAUCAAGCAGCAGCAUUCCGUUCCCUGAUUAAUAGUGGGGCACUGGAUAUCUUACUAGCGAAGGGAAAGGAGUAUGUUCUUGUUGUAAGCUCUGACAACUCAGCUGCGGUCGUUGAUGCCAAGAUCUUGAAUCAUUUGAUCUCAAACAACAUUGAGUACUGCAUGGAGGUGACGCCAACGCCAUCAUAUUAUUCAAUGAACCCUAUGGCAAAUGAGUCUGAAGGAAAGUUUCAGGCAAGUUUUACAUUCAUUUGUUCUGUCCUUUAUAAGCAAUUUACAGAAAUUGCAGAGGAUACAUCCACACAUCCGAUGGAGAAUUUUAAAUUGAUUGGUACAAAAACAUUGUGGGUGAGCUUGAAAGCCAUCAAAAGGCUUGUUGAUAGAAAUUCUCUGACGAUGGAGAAUCUUUCUACCUCCAAGGAAAUAGAAGACAAUCAACUUCCUCGGCAAGAGAACAUAGUUGAUUUACCUAUACGGUUAUUUAACCAAGCCAUUGGCAUUAAUGUUCCUCAAUCGCGGUUUCUUCAACUAAAUGCAACAUCUGACUUGCUUCUUUUGAAGUCUGACCUUUACUCUGCUAUCGAUGGCUCCUUGGUUCGCAAUCCCGCCAGAACCAGCCCCAUGGAUCCAUCCAUUAAAUUGGGGCCUGAAUUUGAAAAGAUUGAUGACUUCCAAAGUCGCUUCCAAUCCAUUCCUAGCAUAGUUGAGUUGGCCUCCUUGAAAGUCACUGGGGAUGUGUGGUUCGGUACGGGUGUUACUCUGAAGGGGAGAGUAAGCAUCCAUGCGGAACCAGGGACAACAUUGAAAAUCCCAGAUGACACGGUCAUCGAGAACAAGGAAAUCAAUGAUCCGGCAAACAUUUGA